AUGGCACGCACCAUCAUCAAGCUGCCACUUGAGAUCCAUCUCGAAAUAGGCGACUAUAUAUCUUUCACAGAUCUCCCAAAAUUAGUCCGCGCCUGCAAAUUCUUCGCGCGGAUCCACAGCCGACGACUGCACAACCGCAGAUUUUCUGGAGCGAAGCUCGACGCUUGGUUCAUCACCGACUGGCGAUCGGAAUUUGCCCCCGACCAUGUCACAGCCAUGGCGGACAAGCUGCUGCCGACAAAUGACCCCUGGUCCAACAGCCUGCUGAAGUCCAUUGAAGAGGCCGACAACGAACUGUGGCUCGAUAUCUUCAUCAAGCGGGGCAUGGACAUCAACAAAAAAGACGACCACGGCUGGUCGCUGCUUCAUUUCGCGCUGGAAGACGGACGCGAUAGAGUUGUGAACAGGUUACUCGACGCCGGCGCUGAUGUGCUUUCGCCGGCUGGCGGCAGGUUUCCCACGGUCGGCCUACCGUCUCAUUAUCUCUCGCGCACCACGAUGGACAGGUUGAUAGCCACUUUCAAGCAAGCUGGCGAAGAUAUAUCCGCCCCUGGCCCCGACGGAUCCCGUACGGCCUUGCACUACGCCACCCACCGCGGAGAUCACCUAACCGUCAAGGCCUUGAUCGAACACAGCGCCGGUGUUCUUGCGAAAAAUAUAGAUGGGUAUCUGCCUCUGCUCUUGGCAGUCCGGUUUAGACACUACCUCACCAGUGAGAUCCUUCUCGAAGCAAUGGCUCGAGACCCACGAGGCUACGGCCUCAACUCACCGAUUCCAAUGCUCACGAAUCCCUCGGAAUGCCUGCCCUCGGACCGGGGUAUGCAUCAGCGUCCAGGGGGUACAAUCCUGCAUCUAGCGGUCUGCAUAGAGGACCCGCAGGCCGUGCGGCUGUUGCUGAAAUACGGGGCAGACCCUCAGGCGGAGGAUGAUCCCAUUCGGGUUUCUAUUCGGCCUGAGACCCAGUUCACUCUGGCUGUGAAAUUGAUGAGUCCGCAUCUCAUCGACGCCUUCCUGAGCAGACCCAACCCCCCCAGACCAGUCCCCGCGCGGACCGGGAGAGGAAGGUGCUCCAACGUGUCGACAGAUCCUGGAAUCUGGCGGGGCUUCCCACGAGUAGCACUACCACCGCUACUUAGCCAUUCGAACCCCGUCUACGUGGGCGUUAAUCGGGCUUUGCCGCGUGUGUUUUCCAUGUGCAAAGCUACGAUACUCUUGGCUCCGCCCAGAUAUUAAACGACUGCAUCAUGCCCCUCGUCAGAGCGGGGUUGUCUGUCAAUUACCAGGAUUGCAACAGUUCUACAUUGCUUCUACCUGUGCGGCUAUCACUCGAGCUUUCGGGGCAACACUACGAGAAAGUUGGAGCUAAUAGAAUGCCUCUUGGAUCAUGGAGCCGACUGGGCCCGGCGAGCACAUGGAUUGGGGGGGACACUGUACUUCACAGACUAGCAACGCUCGCGCGUUACGCCUCCAGUUUUAAUGGCAUUAUCCAGAG